UCUGUCAAAUUUGAUCUACAUUGUUGAAUGUCACCUGAAGUACGGUUGGUCACUUUGGCUGUCAGUGUGGUUAUCAGGUGAAAGAUGCAAUCGAAAAUUUGGAGUUUUGUGGCUUCUUCGGUGAAGAAUCAUUGUGUAAGCGGCCGCUUGACUGGUAGCUCAGUGGUUUUUAAUAAUGUACAACAAAAACGGUCUUAUUCCGAUGCUCAAGAUGCGGAUAUCGUUGUUAUUGGAUCGGGACCCGGCGGUUACGUAGCUGCUAUUAAAGCUGCACAAUUAGGGAUGAAGACAGUUUGUAUUGAAAAAAAUGAUACGUUAGGUGGUACGUGUUUAAACGUUGGUUGCAUUCCUUCAAAAUCUUUGUUAAAUAAUUCUCAUUAUUAUCAUAUGGCCCAUUCGGACGAUUUUAAAAACCGAGGAAUUUUAGUAGAUAAUGUUAGGGUAGAUUUAGAAAAACUAAUGGGGGCUAAAAGUGGGGCUGUUAAAGCGUUAACAGGAGGUAUCGCUAUGUUAUUUAAUAAGAAUAAGAUCAAACUGAUUAAGGGCCACGGAAAAAUUACCGGGGCCAAUCAAGUUACUGCGUUGAAAAGUGAUGGAUCAAGUGAAGUCGUUAAUACUAAGAACAUUUUGAUCGCUACUGGAUCAGAAGUUACUCCAUUUGCAGGAUUAGAAGUUGAUGAAGAACAAGUUGUUUCUUCAACUGGAGCGUUAUCAUUAAAACAAAUUCCUAAUAAAAUGGUUGUUAUCGGAGCUGGAGUAAUCGGUUUAGAAUUGGGAUCAGUUUGGUCUCGUUUAGGUGCUGAAGUAACAGCAAUUGAAUUUAUGACUUCGAUUGGUGGUGUUGGUAUUGAUGGCGAAGUCUCAAAAACUUUCCAAAAAAUCCUUGGCAAACAAGGGUUGCAAUUUAAAAUGGGUACUAAAGUGACCGGAGCUACAAAAUCUGGUGGAGUUAUUAAAGUUUCCGUUGAAGACGUUAAAAAUCCCGAUAAAAAAGAAGAAUUGGAAUGCGAUGUUCUUUUGGUGUGCGUUGGACGAAGACCAUACACGGAAAACUUAGGUUUGGAAGAAAUGGGGAUAGAGAGGGAUCAACGCGGAAGAAUUCCAGUCAAUUCAGUAUUUCAAACAGUUAUACCAAAUAUUUUCGCAAUCGGUGAUUGUAUACAUGGUCCCAUGUUAGCUCAUAAAGCAGAGGAUGAAGGAAUAAUUUGUGUGGAGGGAAUAAAUGGCGGCCCAGUUCACAUAGAUUAUAACUGUAUCCCGUCUGUAAUCUACACACAUCCAGAAGUAGCAUGGGUGGGUCGCUCAGAAGAAGAUUUAAAAAGUGAAGGGGUAGAAUAUAAAAUUGGUAAAUUCCCAUUUUUGGCAAAUUCAAGAGCGAAAACUAAUAACGAUACAGACGGUUUCGUUAAGGUUUUAUCUGAUAAAUCUACCGACCGUAUUUUGGGAACUCAUAUCAUUGGGCCAAGCGCUGGUGAACUUAUCAAUGAAGCUGUGUUGGCUCAAGAGUACGGAGCGUCUGCUGAAGAUGUCGCCAGAGCUUGCCACGCUCAUCCGACUUGUGCGGAAGCGCUUAGAGAAGCCAAUUUGGCUGCUUAUUGUGGGAAACCAAUUAAUUUUUAAACAAGUUUUAAGUCAUUAAUAAAGAGAGAAAGAGAAUAAGAGAGGAAUUUUCAAUAUUA